UGGACUUCAUUAGACCUUAUGUCACCUUGGGACCAGCCAGAACAAUCAUCCAGAAAAAGAAGCAGUUAAAGAUCUGACUGACAAAUGAUGGAGUUUUGGUAUGCAAAUCAGGGGCAAUCACCUCAUUAUGUCAAAUUUGGUUCAGUUCUUGGAAGUAAUUCUACCCACACCUAUCACGACAGACAUCAGGCAACCCGUUAUCCCGGGUGUUCUAGUGAACAGCAAGUCCAAGGCAGGGAGUCAAGAUAUUGGCCCGUACCAGGAUCAAGAACAACAGGAGCUCGACAAGAGUACACCAACUGGACUGACCCAGAACUCAGAGCUCAGGCUUCUCGGUUCCCUUAUUAUCUGGAUCAUCACACUCAGGUCCAAGAUUUAAGAGCUUAUCAGUCUCAAGACUACAGAGACAGAGAGUGGACAUCAGCCCAGCAAGCACUGAGGGAAUCUGAGAGAGGAAUUCAGAGGGAGGAGUGGCAGAGGAGGUGGGAGCCCUGUAGUCCUGUUUACUACAAAAAGCAAGUUUCCAAGAGGAGUCUGAGUGACAGCAGUUGUCGCGAGCUGGAGGCCUGGGUGGCUCGUUAUAGCCAGUCACUUCAGAGGAGGAGACGUAUAGAAGCAGAGUUGAGGGAGAGGUCCCAGGGCCUGUUGGACAGCAGCAGAGCUCAGGAGUGGGACAGUGGGAGGGGGACGGAUGUCCAAGCUGCAACACUGCAUCAAUCUUCAAACAUCAGAGAAUUGGGACAAUGGGACAGAGGGCACAGGCUGCAAAGUAUGAUCAAUGAUCCAUCAAAAGCUCCUGCACUUGACACAAGCCAGCUGUUGGAGACUAAUGAAAAGAUGAAUUACCAACAGUGGCUGUUUAGCCAACCCCCAGGCUACACUGCUCCUCCUCCCUACAACAAUCCACAUAAAAGUAUAGCUAUAACACAGCAAUUUGACAGAUACACCAUUGGUUGGCAGCAGGACCGUAACAGACAGCCAUGCUGUUCAGAAGGAAUGCAGGAUGGGGAGAAGAGAAAUAAAGAUUUAAUUAAAUCAAAUGGGAAGCAGAAGUUCUGGUCUGAGCUUGAAGGAUGCAAGCAGGAAGGACAGGAUGUUUUACAGACCAGCAGUACUUUCCAGGCAUCAAAGAUAAAUGAGGACACAUCUGCAAAAGUCAUUGAAGGAAGGAAGUUCAGGCUAAAUAAAAAAGGUGGGAUGACCAUAUUCUGUCUUGUAUCCCGAAUAGCUGAGAAAUCAGAAAGCUCAUCUUUGCCACGUUGCCCCUCCAAAACAAAUAUGCCAAACAUAGAAUCAGGAGAGGUUUAUAGACCUGCAAGGGAAGGUAAUGGCAUUAAUCAGAAACAUGUUCUUGCAGAUGAGGUGGACCAGUCAAAUACAUCGUCACAGUCCUCCAGCAGAACUCUCAAAGCUAAACAGAACAUGACUCCAACCUGCGGAGAGAAGGAAGAAGUAACCACUUCCAAAAAGGAGCCGCCCAAACCAAAUAUAUCAAACAAAACGGAGGUGGAUGUUUCCACCGGAAACACUAGAAAUUAUGCAAAUUAUACAUUUUGGAAACGCGUUUCUCAGUCACUGCCACCUGUAUCAGGAAAAUACCCAUUAUGGAAGGUGCCUAAUUUUCCAGGCCGAGCUGAACCUGAGAAAACAUCUCCACACUGUUUGAACACAAAGACUGAAGGAGGAGAAUCAAAUGAUGUGUACAACCAAGAAGAUUCAAGUAAAAUCAACAGCCAACCAUGCAACACUGAAAUCACAAGAGUGGACUUCAAGAAAGACUUAGAAUCCAAAGACAACCAUGGUCUGUUGGCAAGUGACACAAGUUGUGUUGUUGUUAAAAUGGAGUUGAUUCCAUCACCCAUGAAAGAGCAGGUUCACUAUUUAGACUCAAUACCAGAUGGCAAACAUAGUCCACUUGAUACUGGCUCAUCCAUGCCUUCUGAGUCUGUGCAGUCCAGUGACCAUUUGAGUCAGGAUGUGACAGCAAACCAAAAAGUCAAAACAGAACUCCAGACAAACCCUUUGCAAGCAACUGAAAGACCGGAAACAGAAUUUAAGUCAGAUGCUUUAAAGAAAAAACCAUUAGACAGGGGAAAUGGAAUCAGUCCAUCCUGCUUAUCUUUACCUUUGGUUUCUGAAAAGGAAACUUCAAAGGAACAUGCUGAAAGAAUUCUAGGAAUCCCUCUGUACAACUGUACCACUGAGAAAAAGUCUGAUCCUGCAACAUCACAUGCUGUGGACCAGUAUCAGGAGGAUGGAACGUUGCCAAUGAAAGCUAUCAGUGAUGCUCCCAAGCAACUCUUCAAGGAUGCAUCAGACUCACAGUUACAGAAUGACUUUCAACUUGGCCAAGUUGAUGAUGUGUCAAAAGAGAAGCAAAAUGCUGAGAACAAACCCACAGAACACAUUGAGGAUUUUGCAGACCCCCAGGACCAGGUUUCUAAUAUAUCUACAGAAAAUGAGAGAAAUUCCCAAUCUUGUUUUGAAACCUGCCUCUCUGAAAUCACAGAACCCUCAUCCUUUCUCCACUCCUUACUGCAGCCACUGCUAUGUCCUCACCUUGGAUCAGAUGAGUCCACAAAUCCCUCUCCGCUUGAUUUACUAGAUCAACCCAAAGAAGCAAUGUUGUCCCCUGUUACCUUUUCUGUUGAUCAGGAUAAAGAAGGAUACAUAUCACAGGGGAAAAAUAUGAUCUGCACUACCUGUGAGCACCUUACCAAAGGUGUGCAAGAUGAGUCAAGGCUGGAACAGACAAUUCAAUAUGAGCAAAUGGAGGAUGCUGCGAGUUUCCGGGACAGCAGUGUUACUGAGAAUCAGUCUCCAACAGAAGGCAAUGAUUACCCGACAAGCCUUUUGGAAAAGACACCUGAAAUAUCUACAGAAAAUUACCCUCAGUUUCAAACAGACAUCAUUUUGCACGACCACCUUGAAAAUGACCAAGAAGUGGUUAAUGAUUGUAUUAAAGAGAGUAACACGGUCAAAGAGCUUCUACCAACAGAAGGCCAUGAAGAUAUCACUGGACAUAAAGAACAAAUAUCGCAAAUGAAGAUAGAAAUUUUGGCUGACUCUCAGGCUCAAACAGAAAUCAACAUUCUGCACCAACUUGAAUGUGACCAAGGUCAGGUUGCUGAUUCUGGAAAUGAGAGCAAUAUGGCUGAAGAGUUACUACCAACAAGAGAUUAUACAUUUCUCACAUACUAA